AUGUCCAUGCCGGCCGCCAUCACCAAGGGCCAAAUCGACGGCGCUCCGUGGUGGCAGCAUUCGCUUGUGCAGAAUGGUGCGCGGCAGGCACUCAGCGCAGGUGCGCAGGCGGCUUAUCGAAGUAAGAACGACACCGGCCCUUGGAUUGGGCCCAAGGGUGCCAAGGUUGCAACAGCCGCGCUGAGUGCCGCGUUUGUCGAUGGCGUGUUCAAGAAAUGA